GGAAAGAACUAGAGGUACCAAUCUCACACAACGGCAUAGAGGGGUUGGCGCGGCCCAACGAAUUGGAAGUAAGUGAUGACGAGAGUGAAGAUACCUUCGACGAGUUGAAGUAUGAAAGCGAGGACGUAGAAAAGGAGGAAGGGUAUUAUACAGGGGAACAGUCCGAAGAGGAAGAAACGAUGGAUAAAGGGAUUCUAAGCCCAGUGGUAUAUCUGACUGUCCUAGAGGAGAUAUCAACAUUGGAGGACAACGAGGAGUAUGAGGACGAGAAACUGAGUGUGGACCUGAUUGGCUUGACAGAAGAGAACCGAGAAGACGCAGCAGAACUUUUCGAGAGAGAAAAAGGAUUAUUUGCCAAAGAGCUAAAUGAACUUACCUAG